GUUGUGCGCACGCGCAUGUCAGUUGGUAAAUACCUCACUUCUCACAAGCUCGCAGGAGUGUGAAGAUGGCGGUUGGCUCCGGCCCGCUGGAUGAGCCUUUUUUACACACAGAGGUGAAUAAAGCGGUAGUUUGUCAGCCUGUGCAGUCUCUAGAGUCACAACUGUCGUCCUUGUGUAACAACAACCACUGGGGUAGGCACGAGACAGCCGGUAAUUACAUGGCUAUAGUUCCGGGACAAGGGGGUAGCGCGAGCUAAUGUCCAGCUGGGACUUGGUCAAGACGAUUGCUGAAGCAGGUACGCUGUAACUACUAAUGUUGUUUUCCUCUUUGUCUCUACGAGUAUACACGAAAAGCAAGCACCAGAGCUGUCAGAGGAAAAACAGUAGAUGUGUCAGAGUCUUGCCCCAUCACAUUCAAGAUUGUUUGUGCUCCUUCUAAACAAGUUGAAGUGCAGGGGGUCUCAUCAUAACGAGGUCCCGAUGGUUCAACUAUGGAUACAUCGACGGCAAGCACGGACUCCACUACGGGACACGACCCCGGCAAAACACUUGUUAGCGGCGCUGUAACUUCUCUCCCUAAUCACCAGGCGAAAGUCGGCUCAUACUCAGUGCAGACUUUCAAUGGGAGCCAAACUAUGAACUCUCACAAUUCAGGAAGCGCGACGACGGUGUCAAGUGGAAUUGGUAGCAGCAGCAGCAGCAGCUCUGUGAUAUCCGUCACAGCUGACAGCAGUGGUGGACCUGUGAUGUCGAAAGGGCUGCCCAGUGCCGCCAUGCCGCCGUCGUCAAGCAGUGUAAUUCAGACGCCUCCGGUGAACUCCCAGAGUGUUGUCGCUUCAGCUCAGCCUGUGAGCCAGGCAACAGGACCCACCGUGACACUCGUCAGGCCGCCUAUGCAAACCGCGGGGUCGGGCGCAACUUUGAAUGGGAACAAUAAUGCGGGUCCUGCAGUGGCUGCCUGUACAACAGGGCAGACAGGUAUCACCAUACAAGCCCCGCUUGUUAACAAUAGCCAGCCGCCCAACUCUGUGUCUGUGAGCGCAGGGUCGCACAUAAUCAAGGCAGAGCCACCCGCAACAAUAAUCCAGUCAGCGCCGCAGCCGGCUGCCAUUCCCAGCGCGCCCCGGAUUCCGGUGACGGUAGCUGCCGGUCCGGGCGGGAUCCGAGCCCUGACGCCUCAAAUGUUGGCCCCGAGACUCCCCCAGACCUCCCCGGGACAGCCCAGUAUAGGCUUACAUAACAUCCAGCUCCCCCCGGGGAUGGUGCUCGUACGCAGUGAGAGUGGGCAGCUGCUGAUGAUUCCUCAGCAGGCUCUGGCCCAGAUGCAGGCCCAGGCGCAGGGAGGCAUGGCACCUCGGACUGCUACACCAACAAAUGUGCCCUCUGGCCAGGCUCCUGGAAACACCAUCAUCAGCAGACAAGUGGCUCCCAGCACGAUCAUCCGUCAGGGCUGUCCAGCUCCAACAUCACUCGCUGCGACCACCACUCUUCACAGAGCUCCUGUCCUUCAGAGCUCAGUUGGGGCCCCAGUGCCAGGGAUGACCCCCAGGACCAUCAGCCAAACAGCUGGGACCACAGUUACCUCAGUAACAGUGAGCAAAGAGACAAUGGAGAAUGUGAAGAAAUGUAAGAGCUUCCUGUCUACACUGAUCAAGCUGGCAUCCACUGGGAAACAAUCAACAGAGACUGCAGCCAGUGUGAGAGAGCUGGUCAAGGACCUGCUGGAAGGCAAACUGGAAGCUGAGGAAUUCACCAGCAGAUUAUACAAAGAGCUAAACUCCUCACCCCAACCUUACCUUGUGCCUUUCCUCAAGAGAAGCCUCCCAGCCCUGAGGCAGCUCACCCCAGACUCAGCAGCCUUCAUCCAGCAGAGUCAACUCCCUCAGCUGGCUUCAGCUCCAGUCUCGUCCACCUCGCCCACCCCCAGCACGGUGGUCCUGAGUAGCCCAGCCCCGCGCCUCACUGUGCCUGUCAGCAGGCCCCAGCUUCAGCCAGGAGUUAGCAAACCAGGACAGACCUCCUCACUGGUUCUCCAGCCUCAGCAGCAGAGAGCAAUCUUGAGACCUCAGGUAACCUUACCAACGACCCCCAUGGUGACUCUCAGGAAUCAGGCCCCUGGCCGCAUCAUGCUGGGACAGCAGCAGGUCCAGCUUAAAGAGCUACAACCAGUUCCUGUGAGGCUGGAGGUGCCACCUGUUUCUAAACAAGUCUAUGCUGCAGCCUUGACCCCUGCUCAAAAGAACAAGCUGAAAGAGGCGGGUGGCACUUUCAAAGAUGAUGACGACAUCAAUGAUGUGGCCUCCAUGGCCGGAGUGAACCUAUCAGAGGAAAGCGCUAAUAUCCUAGCAACCAAUUCUGGACUAGUGGGGGCGGUGACACAUUCCUGUAAAGAUGAGGCUUUUCUCUCCUGUGCCAUGCUACAGAGGAGAAUGCUGGAGAUUGGCAGGAGAUUUGGUGUGACAGACCUGGGGGCGGAGGUGGUGAACUUAGUCUCCCACGCUACUCAGCAGCGGCUCCAGAACCUGCUGGAAAAAGUUUCCCAAGUGGCCCAGCAGAAAAACGUCAAUUUCAAGGAGGAUGACAAUUAUGAGCAGUGCAGUGACGUUCGUGCUCAGCUCAAAUUCUUUGAGCAGCUGGACCAGUUAGAGAAACAACGGAAAGAGGAGCAGGAGAGGGAGAUCCUCCUAAAGGCAGCUAAGUCUCGAGCUCGGCAAGAAGACCCAGAGCAGCUGCGUCUGAAACAGAAAGCGAAAGAGAUGCAGCAGCAGGAGCUGGCUCAGAUGAGGCAAAGGGAGGCUAACCUGACGGCUCUGGCAGCCAUUGGUCCCAGGAAGAAGAGGAAGAUUCUGGAUUCUCCAUCCUCCUCUGCUGCAGCUGAGGGGUCAGGAUCAGGUCCCUCUCUGUCUGGUGGGGCUGGUUCGUCGGGCUCCAGACCCACACGGCAGCGUAUCACACGCGUCAAUCUCAGGGACCUGCUCUUCUGUUUGGAGAAUGAGAGAUGUACCAGUCGCUCCCAUUUCCUCUACAAGGGCUUUCUCAAAUAGGCUUGAUGUCAAAGAGGAGAGGAGGAGGAGAGAGUAGAGGAGAGGAGGGGGGGGGGGGUGAAGUGUGUGGAGAGAGCACCCACUCCCAUCACAAAGAGAGCAUAAGAGACUCUUAAAAAUGAAGAGGAGGAGAGCAGCGACUUGGCACAUUUCAAGGUCUUUCAGAUACUGUACAUGAACCUGAAGUACAGUAGUAGCCAUAGUGGAUGGCCUCUCUACCUCUCUCCUCAAAUUAUGCUUGUUUUCUUUCAGAGCAGUCAUGGACUAAUGCCCCUUUAUUUAUCCUGUACAACUUCUUUUUCAAGAAUGUGCAGAAAUGGAUGUUUUAUGAGGAUGGGUUUUUGUAUGAACAAAUGACUUGUACAAUACUGUCACACAGCAAAGUUUAUUUUCUGAUUCUUUGUGUGUGCAUUAGGCUUUGAAGCAAUGGAAAUCAACACAUUUGUUUUAAUAGAUCACCAAUUCAUUUUACUGAGUAAUGAUAAUUUUUAUUUUGUCAACUUAAUUAGUUUUGAACUCCAGACUGUGUAACCUGCUGAGUUGCCUUCCUAACUAUGAAUAAGCCAUAUAGCCAUCCUGAAGCAAUUAACCCUUCUGUAACUCAUGAAGCAGUAGCUGACUCUGUAUUUGUCAUCUCCAUUACCUUUUUUGAUUUUGUUAUUCAGCAUAUUUAUUUACUAAACUCAUGCUUAAAUUAAUGUUUAGUUAUUUAUUUAAUUUCAUGUGACACCUCAGUUGUUCCGUGUAGCUUAAAUUCAAAACAAAAUGUGCAUUUACUUUCAUCGGAUAUGUUUAACAUCUGUUUUGACAUUUUGUUGGUUGUGUAGUUUUCAGUGUGUGAAAAGAGGCAUGUUUUUUUUUUCUUUUUCUAAACUUAAACAGUUUUCUGAAGGAGUUUAACCUGUAUUGCUAUACCAAACAUACAUCUACUGGAAACUGAUUUCUAUUUUUGUAGCUGACCACCAACACACAUUUUUACUCUUUUAAUAGUGACUGACUGUCCUCCAGCUGAACUAACUGGAGUUUCUUCCUGUAUAUUUGUAAAUGUUACACCUUACGUUUUACACACAGUUUUGUAUAGAAUGGAGAGUUAACCCAUACAGCAUAAAGAAAAACACAUUUUCUCUAUUGAAAAGUUUGAAUAAAUAAUGAUU